AUGCCAUUCGAUCCAGUUGGUAAUAUUCGGCACGGAUCUCGUUUUGGCUCUAUGGAAAUCCUAUUUCGGUAUAGAGGAGAAAUUGAAAAGAAGCAAUUCGAUGCCACAUGUGGCUGGAUGGAACUGAAGAGCCAGUCACACGAUAUUGGCCACCUCCUCCAGGUUUCUUAUUUUGAGCCAAGUUUAUACAAAACUUGUCUCGCAUUCCUCACAAAUUUAGCUCCUGACCUUGGACGGCAGCGAAUGCGUAACGCACUUGGGCAGAAUAUUGAUAACUCGCUGGUAUCCCAGGAUAUACUGGAGAGGAUCGUUCCACCAUAUCGCACAUACUGGAGAGGAUCGUUCCACCAUAUCGCACCAACCGUGGACCAUCAAGAAGACAACGAGGCAAAUGAGGCGCUGAUUAGAAAUCUUGACAGCGUUUCGGUCGCAACUGCACCACCGAUUCCACCGUCAACCCUCAUUCAACGGAAAGCCAGCUAA